CAUAUCCGCGCGGUUGAAAUAGAAAAGGCGAGAGAGAGUACGAGCGCGAGAGAUCGAAAGGGACGAGGGUUUAGGUUUUGUUGUAUAUAUGCUCCCACCUACGCGGCUCCGAUCCCUUCUCUUCUACUCUCGAUCCAUUGUGAGGAGCUUCCCCUAGGAGUGGGGUUUUGAGGCGAUCGGAGGCGUCUCCGGUGACCGGAAAUGGCGGAGGAGGAGCGGAGAGCCGCGGCGGCGGCGGUGGCGGCGGCCGAGGAGGAGAAGAAGGAGGAGGUGGUGUACAAGACGAAGGUCAUCCAGUUCCUCGGGCGAUCGACCCCAAUCGUGCUCCAAAACGAUAACGGUCCGUGCCCUCUCCUCGCGAUCUGUAAUGUUCUUCUUCUGAGGAAUAUUCUCAAUCUGAGCUUGGAUGCGUCGGAGGUCUCGCUGCAGAAGCUUCUAUCUCUCGUGGCCGAGAGAUUGAUUGAUUCUAAUAGCAAUAUUCAGGAUAAGGAUGUUGGAUAUGUUAAUAAUCAGCAGCAGAAUAUAGCAGAUGCAAUUGAUCUUUUGCCGCGUCUUGCUACCGGAAUUGAUGUGAAUGUCCAUUUCAGGAAGAUCAAUGAUUUUGAGUUUACGCGGGAAUGCACCAUAUUUGACCUUCUAGACAUUCCCCUGUACCAUGGGUGGAUAGUUGAUCCGCAGGACAUUGAAACUGCAGCAGCUAUUGGGUCGAAGUCUUACAAUACUAUUGUCGCUGAGCUUGUUGCCUUUGAGACUGGGAAGGCAGAAGAGAAUAAACAGGCAGAAGAAGAAGAUAUUGUUGAUUUUGCUGCUGCAACAACUGCUGCAUUAGGUGUUCCUUCACCUUCCCUUGCUAGAGGUAGAUCAUUUGAUGAUAAUCCACUCUCUGAUCCCGCUGAGGAAAAGCGACGCCGGGGUGACUUAGAAGAAGAGGAGGAGCUAAUGAGAGCCUUAGAUCUAUCAAAAGCUGAAUGUUCUGAUCCAGUUAAUGUUUCUGCAACACCUAUUCCAAAUGAUUCAGUUCAAAUUCUGGAUGAAACUGUACAUAUUCAGAGCUCUGAAAUGGGAAAUGGAGAUGAAGCGGCAGGACUUUACAAAUCAAGUUUUUCUGCACCAAAAGGGGGUAAUGAAUUUGGCUGCAAUAUAAUGGAUAAUUCUCGGUUAUCCAAGUUGAAUGCUGCUAAUAACAGUAGCAAGACAGAGUCAGAAGGAAUUAAGGAAAUUUCAAUAGCUAAUGAUGCUGUAGAUGGUCCUGAUGAAUCUUUCACUACAAAUAAGCCUUUGGAAGUGAACUCAUCUGUUAAGGAGACAUGUACUGAAGAUUUCUUGGCUUCUCAAAUGCAUCACAAGCCAAGUGAUAAUGUGAUUGGUGGUGACUCAACAAUUUUGUCUGAUCAAGCUGCAUCUGAUGCACCAUGCACUGAUAGUAACUACUCAAAUGGAAAAGAUGAGCCAUCAGAUGCUUCUGAGGCUGUUACUUCAAGCUUAGAAGGGGGCGAGCCCAUAUAUCAGGGAGAAGAGUUCAUUCUUGAUUCGAAAUUUCCAGCAUUUGAAAACCAAGAGCCAAUAUAUGAGGGUGAAAUGGUUCUCGCAGAGCAGGUUGAAAAGCCAGAAAAAGAUUCUUCUCCUCGCCCAGAAGAUGAGGUUGCUCUUCAGCAAUGGCAACUGAUAAAAAGCUUCCUCGAACACAAUGCUAGCCAGCUGACCAUUUAUGGUUUAUUUUGCUUGCAAGAAGGUCUGAAGGAAAGGGAACUGUGCAUCUUUUUCCGGAAUAAUCACUUCAGCACUAUGUUUAAGUACAAUGGGGAACUAUACCUCCUAGCUACUGAUCAGGGAUAUAUCAACCAACAAGAUCUGGUAUGGGAAAAGUUGAAUGAGGUCAAUGGAGAUACUGUUUUCAUGACCGGCAACUUCACAGAAUUUAAAGCUGAGCAGAGAGGCACUGACUCAUGGAAUGAACAACAGGCCAUGACCAAUACUGCUGAUUAUCUUGCUGCGCUCGAAAGUUCAUCUCCGUCAAGUUCAACUUUUAAUUCUGAUUUGCAACUGGCUAUAGCGCUUCAGCAACAAGAGUUUGAACAGCAACAGACCCAACAGCCACCUGCACCUGCUCCUGCUCGUCAAAGGCUAGUUGUAGGUCCUCAGGUACAAAGGAACUCGAGCACUCCGCCAAAAAGCAAUUCGAAAGCGAAAGACAAGUGCAGAAUGAUGUGAAGGGCAUAAUACACUAUAAAAAUUUGUGUACACCAGCCAAUACUAUUACUUCUAUAAGUAUCAGUUUUGGUGUAAAUAAUUAUCAUAAAAAAAUUGUUACAAUAAUAGAGAGCCAAAGUUUUUGUGAUCUUA